AUGGCUCCUGCUUUGACUUCCGCGGCGCCAACAGCGCCACAUGAGCUUUCAAGCAAGAUUGUGAACAACAACGCACCAAAGAACAUUUUCCCAGACGGCAUUAAGACUUCGGGUCAACAUGAGCCGCUCUACGAUCAGCUCCGACCGUAUUCGGAAUUCCCCAAAGAGAUCACUGGUUCAACAGCAUGGGACAGGGAGGAAUACAAGAACAACCCCGAGCGCUGGACACACCCGUUCUCUGAUGAAGAGAUCAAGGAGAUUAGCGAUGCUGCAGACGCUUUUAUCUCCAGCGGCACACCCUUGACCGGAAUCACAAAGGAGAAGUUCCAACUCCCAAAAUUCAGCAAGUUCCUCGAACCACUGCGGAAAGAAUUGAUCGAUGGAAAGGGCUUUAUUCUCUUUAAAGGCCUUCCAGUUACUAAAUGGGGAAACCGAAAGAGUGCGGUUGCGUACAUGGGUCUCGGAACGUAUCUAGGAUACUUCGUUUCGCAGAACUCGCGCGGACAUGUACUAGGUCACGUUAAGGAUCUUGGUGAAGAUUCCACUCAGAUCGAUAAAGUGCGCAUCUACCGCACGAAUGCACGCCAGUUCUUCCACGCGGAUGACUCCGAUCUAGUUGGUCUGCUGUGCGUAGCCAAGGCACUGGAAGGCGGAGAGAGCGAUCUAGUCAGCAGCCAUUCCGUCUGGAACGACUUGCAAAAGAACAACCCAGAUGUUGCCGAGCUUCUUACUCAGCCAAUCUGGUACUUCGAUCGUAAGGGCGAGACGAGCAAGGGUCAGAAGGAAUGGAUCAAGACAGCCGUGUUUUACCUCGAGACCGGUCCUAACCCGCGAGUAUACUCAAAGUGGGAUCCAUACUAUGUCAAGUCGCUCACACGUUUCUCUGACGCCGGUCUCAUCCCCGCCCUCUCCCUCGAGCAAUCCCGCGCCGCGCAAAUUCUCGAAGACACCUGUCUCAAGCUCGCACUACACAUGAUCCUCGACAUUGGCGACAUUCAGUUCCUGUCGAACAACCACGUGCUGCAUGCCAGGACGGCAUACAAGGACUACCCGCCGCCAGCGCCGCGCAGGCAUCUGAUGAGGUUGUGGUUGAGCACGCCGGAGGAUGAGGGUGGUUGGAAAUUGCCGUUCCAUGAUAGUAGGGAGAAGAAGAGGGGCGGCAUUCAAGUUGACGAUACGGCGCCAGUCGCGCCAGAAGAUGCGGAGUAGGAUGUGUAUAUAUCGAAUGACAACUACACAAUCGAAC